AUGCGGCGAAAUAGCGAGGAAUUCGAGGAGCUGCUCGCGAAGGUCGUGUUGACGAUUUCUGCUAGGGAUCUCCGAGACACUGACCUCGAAAGCGUAUCUGACCCCUUUUGCGUGGUAUCCGUGAUGACGGUCGGCCCGAUAACGACCAAAAAAUGGAAGGAAAUUGGGAGGACCGAGAAAAAGCUAAGGCUACAGCGCCGCGUUGGCCCGUGGCGUUACGUAGGGAAAACGGAGGUGAUCAACAACUGCCUGAACCCCGACUGGGCCACGAAAAUCGAGCUCACCUACGCGUUUGAGGAGCAGCAAAAGUUGCAGUUUGAAGUAUUUGACUACGCCAAAUCCGGAAAACCUACUCGACUCGGUGGAGCGAACGUUUUGCUUCACGAGAUCGUUGGAGCGAAAUAUAAUCGAGUGACCGUGCCUUUAAUAGAAGAAGGGAAGCGAUACGGUAGCAUUACGGUAACAGCUGAAGAAAUGGGUUCCGGGCGGCAGGAAUCCGUUUAUUUCAUGUGCAGCGCAACAAAACUCGACCGAAAAGACUUCCUCGGCAAGUGCGAUCCAUUCCUCAAGAUUUCAAGGAUAAACUGGGAUAACACGCUACAACUCGCCUAUCGUACCCGAUACCGAGAACAAAACUUGAAUCCGAAGUGGAAGCCAUUUGAGGUGCACAUUGAUCAGUUAUGCUAUGGCGAUAAGAAUCGACCCUUCCUGAUCGAGUGCUACGACUGGGACCAGGAUGGAAACCACGAUCUCGUCGGGUCUUGCACAACGACGGUGAAUCGGUUGACUUCUGGGGACGAUGUGUCGUUAUCGCUAAUCCACGAAAAGAAGGCCCGAAAAAGCCGAAAAUACGUCGACUCGGGGCAGCUGCACUUUCACAAAGUCUACUGCUGGCUCGACUUCACGUUUUUGGAUUUUGUUCAGGGCGGUACGGAACUCGACUUCACCGUCGCGAUCGAUUUCUCCCUGUCGAAUCUCCCAUUAAAUGACCCAUCCUCGCUCCAUCGGAUAGGUCCCGGCACGGCCAACCAGUACGAGACAGCGAUACGAGCUAUCGGAGAGAUCUGCCAGUUCUACAACGCGAGCAAAGUUUUCAACGGGUUCGGCUUUGGGGCUAAGCUCCCGAAAUCCGAUCAGACGCUGUACAACUUUCCAUUGAAUAUCGAGACCGGCGAGCCACGAUGUGAUGGUGUCGAUGGCUUGGUAAAGAGCUACCGCUCGGCAUUACGACAUGUAAUUCUGUCCGGCCCUGCUGAUUUUGCGCCCACGAUAAGGUUCGCAGCCCAAAGAGCAGCAUCCCUACCCGCAAAUGGCAGCAAAUACUCCGUUUUGCUCAUACUAACAAACGGGAUCAUUGCUGAUAUGGAGCGGACGAAGGAGCAGGUCGUUAAGGCCUCCUCCCUCCCACUCUCCGUAAUCAUCGUCGGCGUCGGCUACGAUUCUUUUGACGAGAUGAAAGUCCUGGACUCCGACAACCAGCUCCUCUCCUGGCAUGGCCGCUUUGCAAAACGGGACAUUGUUCAGUUUGUCCAAAUGCGGAACUUCUUGCCCCCUCAUCGACAUCUUAACGAAGAAGAGCUAACGGAUGCAAGGGAGAAUUUGGCAAAAGAGGUACUGCAAGAAAUCCCGAUCCAACUGACCAGCUACAUGAAGUCGCGCGGAAUCUACCCCCUCAGCUACCGUAACGGAGCUUCUGAAUUUACCCCUCAGCCACGAAGCACUGAUUCUUCUGCUACAUCGUCGCCCAUGAUCUCGCCAAGACAUACAACUGCUGAACGUCGCAUCUCCCCUCUAGCGCGACUUGGCUCGGCUCAACCAACCGGAAGACCGAUGAGCUAUACCGAUACUCCCCCGCUAUCCGCUCCACCACUCUCCAACCAGCGCUUUGGCAGCCCGUCCCGCGUUCGCCGACGACUACCGCAAAUCCCCGGCGAGCAGCUCAACCAGAUGCAUAUUUAC